GCUUUAUAUUUUUUCAGUGCAUGAGUGUUUGACAGUCAAAAAGUUUGUUUGUAAACAUUGCAGUUUGAAAUUCUUAUUAAACUUCAUUUAAAUUUGAAUAUUUUUUAGUUUAAUAUAAAAACUUUUCAAAGUAGAGAUUAUUGGAACCGAACAUAAUUUCAUCGAGCACCUAAUGUUGACACAUCAGCACUUUGACGUUCAAUUACAGCUUCUAAAAAGAGUUUUCAACUGAAAUCAAGUAAUAAACAGCUCCAUAGGCCGUGAUUAAACAAGUUUCCAUCAAAAGUUUUGCAAAAACAUUUUGUAGUGAGAAACGGCAAAUGAGAUGAAAAUAGGAUCGAAUUGUUAACAUGCCAAAAGAAGAAUAAAUCAAAGGACAACUCAAUAAGUGCAUACCAUUACGGGACAGAUUCGUAUCGCUUCGCGAUGUUCUACAAAGUUAUUUUUACUAUAUAGCGGAAUUUGGAGGAACAACUCGUCUCUUUGUAUUGACAGUAAUGCAUUCUGCUAAAACGCCCAAUUAAACCCCAACUACAAAGUUGUUCAACAAGUGAUUUGAUGAUCUGGGCCCACUAAUCCUUCAGCAUGGAAACCGCUGUAAAGCUCGAACAACCUUUGUCAUCCCAGCCGGAAGCGUGCUGGAUCUGCGAGCUGCCGGCGCCCGACUUACACGACCUAACCGCCAACCGAAAUGCCCAUCUGGCCGAGAAGCUGGCGUCGUUGACCAAGGGAGAUCUCAACCGGGAGCAUCGACGAAGUCUUUGCGCCGAUUGCACCGUGAAACUGAACGAUGCGUACCGGUUUGUCCAGCGAUGCGUUGAAGCUGAACGACGACUUGGUGGCGAUCCGGAGGUGAAGGUUGAACAGGAAGAGGAUCACUUUGUGGAGUGUAUGGUGGAAAUCAAACCGGAAGAGGGGGAGGAACUGCUGGAAGCGAAGCUAGAUGGUGAGCAGGAAGAUGCGAGCGCGCAAUCGGAGGGUUUCAGCGACGAGGGGGAGGAUUCUGAUUUUGAAGUCGAGGAGGAGGAGCCUAGAAGAAGGGGAUCGAGGAAACGCGAACCGAAGUCCAAAACGUUUCAGUGCGAAACGUGCGACGCCACGUUCGACGUGCGGAAAGACCUGCACCAGCACAUCAAGACGCACGGCAAGCGGCGGUUCCCGUGCAAGCUGUGCGACCGUAUCUUCGUGCGGAAGGCCACCCUGCAGGACCACAUGAACAAGCACGAGGGAGUCAGGAAGUACAACUGCGACAAGUGCGGCAAGACCUUCACGCAGCGGGCAAAUUUGAUCCGGCACGUGAAGAAUAUCCACCUCAACGAGAAGGGCUUCCCGUGCAGCUACUGCGCCAAGCAGUUUGCCUCCAAGAACAACCUCGAGGUGCACGAGCUGACCCACAUCACGGUGAAGAACUUUGCGUGUGAUCAGUGCCCGCGAGCGUUCAAAACCGAGGCCCUGCUGAAGCGCCACCGGAUCGUCCAGCACUUUCCGGAAGAGCAGAGUGGCACGGCGGCCGCCGCCGGCGCCUCCGAUGAAAAGGGAGCGAAGAAUCUGCCGCAGUCGCGAGUAACGGACACGAGGGAGUGUGAAAUCUGCCACCAGGAGCUGUCGAGCUAUGCGGCGCUUCGUACGCACAUGCUGCGCCACUCGGAGCCGGUCUUUAUGUGCAGCGCGUGCGGGAAACGGUGCACGACGAAGAACUUGUUGAAGUUGCACAUGCGAAGUCACUCGGACGAGCGCCCGUUCGCUUGCGACGUCUGUCCCGGCAAGUUCAAGUGGGAAAAGACCCUGCAGGAGCACAAGCUGAUUCACACCAAGGAGAAGCCGUUCCAGUGUGACAUUUGCGAGAAGUGGUUCCGCACGAAAACGCUGCUGAGAAACCACAAAUUUCUUCACACCGGGUUGCGGCCGCACGUGUGCGUUAUUUGCAACAAGGACUUCCGGUGGCGCUUCAAUCUUAACCUGCACAUGAAGGUGCAUCAGGGAAGGAAGCCGGAUGGGGCCGGGGCAGAGGAAGCCAGCCCAGCAACGUAGAGUUACGAAUAAAAGUUUGAGCGCGAAAACAA